GGGUGGGAAAAAGAGGGCCAGGUGCAGCUCUCCUCUCGGCCCGAACCGAGGAAUGAGUCUGGAGAACCAGGAUCCCCUGUGUGCCUGUGCGCCCUCCUCUUCACGGGGUCUGGAGAGGCCGCCUCAGGAGUCGUGAGGAAGGAAGUUACCUUGCCUGGGGCACGUCAGAGCCGUGAGUCCUGGUUGUCCGUUCAGCCACUGAAGUCUCGAAAGGAUGAGCGCCUUGACGUGAACAUGUCAGAGCGGGAGCUGUGCUGGGAGGGGAGGUCAGGGCUGCACCUGCCAUGAUCCAGGAGCCUGAGCCUCGGGUUCCUGGACAGGGUCCUCCUGCUCAGAAGGCCCACGUCAGCGUGGGAACUGGCAGGAUGGACGCCAGGCAUUUGGCCGUACAAAUGAUUUUCUUCUUCCAAAUUGUACUCGGGCUUCUGGGGAACCUCUCUCUCCUUUCCCAUCACCUCUUUGUCUCUCUCACUGGCUGUCGGCCGAGGGCCACCGAUUUCAUUGUCAAGAACCUGAUUGUGGCCAAUUGCCUGGUCCUCAUGUCGGGUGGAAUCUGCUAUCCAGUGACAUUCUCUGGGGAGAUCCCCAUCCUUAACGACUUUGGAUGCAGAUUUUGCCAUUAUGCGCGACAGGUGGGCAGGGGCAUGUCCAUCAGCACCACCUGCCUCCUGAGUGUGGUCCAGGCCGUCACCAUCAGCCCCUGGUGCUGCAGGGGGGCAGGACUGAGAGGGAAACCUCCCAAGUGCGUCCUGCCCUGCAUUGCCCUGUCCUGGGUCCUGAGCCUUCUGGUAAAUUCCAUCAUUGCCAUGUUCAUGUCUAGCAAUUCCAGUGACAAAAAUGACACAAGCAGGAAAAGGUAUGGACAGUGUUCCUCUGUUCGUCUCGACCCAGCCAGAGACUUCUUAUAUGGGGCUUUACUCUCCUUCCCCGAGGUUGUGUUUUUUGUGACCAUGGUCGGGUCCAGCGGCUCCAUGGUCUACACCCUGUCCCGGCACAGGCAUCGGGUCCGGCACCUUCAUGGGUUCUCCUCCUCCACGUCCUCCCCCGAGUCUAGGGCCACUCACACCAUCUUCAUCCUGGUCAGCACCUUCGUCUGCUUUAACAUCAUUUCCUCUGUGCUGAAGAUGGUUGUGGCUGUUAUGUAUAAUCCCGACUGGUAUCUUUAUAACAUCAAUACAGUAAUCACACUGUGUUUCCCGACUCUCUGUCCUUUUCUGCUCUUGAGCCAGGAAUACAAGGUGUCCCUGCUGUGCUCUGCCCGGAUGAGGAAUAGUAAAUGCCACAAACCCUUGAGAAAUAUGUAAACUGCGUGUGAGUGCACGGUCAUUUAUUCAUUCGAUAAUUCGCUCAACAUCCCCAGUGCUAACUGCAGUCGUGAGUGACUUAUGGUUUAUGGACAGGCGGAGCAGCCUCUUCACAGCAAGUGUUUUUGGAUCAGUCACCGUAACGAGGUCUGUACAGGGGUCCCUAAUACUCCUGUGUGGAACAAAGCCUUGCGCCAGUGGUUAGCAGUGUGUGGGAGACAGCAUGUGGUCCGGACACUCUGGCAUAGCAGAGAGGCCUCAACUGUGUCACUUUCAUUCUCACAGUAAGUUCUGAGAUGUUCCUAAGGGAACAUUAGGAAUGUUCCCAUCCUAACGGAAUGGAGCUGAGGACACAAGGAAAUGGCACAGUGGGUGCAGGGCAGCCCUGAGGUGGAGUCAGCUGUCCUGAGGGGAGACCCUGGCAAGAGUCAGGCUUCGGCAGCAGCUUUCAGUCUUGCACAUUCCACCCUCAGGGAGGCGGAGCCCUUAUUUGAGAAUGGAGUGCGAAGGCGAUUCUGUGCCAGAGCAUCCUCUGGUAGACCUGCGGACGGAUGGGCUGGGUCCAGCGGCACCGACGCACAGCUUAACUGGUUUUGAGCACCAGAGGGUGAGGGUGAUGGUGAGGAUUCAAGGAGACGAGCUUUGCGUGGCCUGGGGUGUGCAGGAGCAAAAUCUCUCUCACGGUGAAGGGGAUGUGAGCAGGGUUGCAAGACACAGAGUGGAGGUGCCCAGUCGCUCAGGGUGGAGGCUCAGGAAACUCGGCACCUGGGCAGAUGCACUUGGAAGGAAAGAGCUGGAUCCCCUGUGUGUUCACGGUGCCAAGGGCGUGUGUCCUCAGUCUCAGGAGGGGCAUGUAUAGAGCUUGCUCUGAAUGUACAGCGUGGAGCUCACGCAAAUUAUGAAGCAUUCAACAGUGUGCGACUCAAAGCACUUAUUGUGACAGACUUGUCUGUACAUAUCUGAGCUCACGUGACACACUUUCUCAGACCACAAAGCACAAAGAGGAGAAGCUCAUGGACGCUCACAUCGUACAACUGCAUUUUGUUUCCAUGUGUGCCCAUGCAGAUCUGCAGAUGUGUGUCAGCGAUCACAUGUGUGGCCUGCGUGCUUGUAGUGUAGGCACCUGUAUCCGUGUCCACCUACAGCAAUCAUGUCAUUUAUCGACGCAUUAGAACGUCCUAAUUUGAGAGAAAUGACCAAUCCUAUUAUAUAGAAUAGUGACAUUUCUUAAAGUGUGUUUUAUCUGGU